AUGAGCAAUGAAAUAGAAUCAGUCAAACCAAUAAUCCUACCCCUAGUUUACUGUGACUCGGAGCCAGAAGUCCUCAUAUUCAACAUCGACGAUAUCAAGAAAUUGAGAAACGACUACAACAUUCUUGGUCUACUCACAGGUACAUUACAACAAUAUCCACAACAAAACAUAUUCCUUUCUGUUCCAUUGAAACUUGUCAUUUGGGAAGUGUUAUGGUUAGUUAAAAACAAGAAAGCCCUUUUGGUUGAUCAAAAGAAAUACAGAAAUGCCAGGGUUACCAGUAGUAUAGAUAACAAGAACUAUUCAGGAAAUUUGAUCUCUACAUCUAAUUCUGAAGAAUCAUCUGAUAUUGAAUUGGCUAAACAGUACCAAGUUCCUAUUCCCGAAUAUAUCACGAAAUACUUGUCCCUGUCUAGUUUGACAAUUGAUACGUUCAUAAAAUAUAACAAAUAUUAUAACUACCUACAAAAUCAGGGAUAUUUCAUCAAUCCUGGGUUGAAAUUUGGUGGUGAUUUAGUCAUAUAUCCUGGUGAUCCAUUGCGUUACCACUCUUAUUCUAUAGUGAAAUUUGAGUUUGCUGAUGUGCACGAAAUUGUUGUUGGUGGAAGGUUAGCAACCAGUGUCAAGAAGAAUUUGGUUUUGAUAGGCGAACGAGAACCUUCUGAUAAGAAACACAAUACAGUUAAUGAUGAAGUUAUAGAGGAGCUCUUUCAAGAGUCGCAACCAUUGACAUUCUCUAUAGAAUGGGCGGGUUUUGGUUAG